CACGGGUGAGCCCCCCGCGCCCUCACCAUGCAGAAGAGCGUGCGCUACAACGAGGGGCACGCCCUGUACCUGGCCUUCCUGGCCCGCAAGGAGGGCACCAAACGCGGCUUCCUGAGCAAGAAGGCAGCCGAGGCGAGUCGCUGGCACGAGAAGUGGUUCGCUCUCUACCAGAAUGUGCUCUUCUACUUCGAGGGCGAGCAGAGCGGCCGCCCGGCGGGCAUGUACCUCCUGGAGGGCUGCAGCUGCGAGCGGGCGCCCGCGCCGCCCAGGGCCGGGGUCGGGCCAGGCGGCGCCCGGGACGCGCUGGACAAGCAGUAUUACUUUACUGUUCUCUUUGGCCAUGAAGGUCAGAAAGCUCUGGAGCUGCGCUGUGAGGAGGAACAGGAUGGUAGAGAGUGGAUGGAGGCCAUUCACCAAGCCAGUUACGCAGACAUUCUGAUUGAGAGGGAAGUGUUAAUGCAGAAGUAUAUUCAUCUAGUUCAGAUCGUAGAAACAGAAAAAAUUGCAGCUAACCAGCUCCGGCAUCAACUUGAAGAUCAAGAUACAGAAAUUGAAAGACUUAAAUCAGAGAUUAUCGCUCUUAAUAAAACCAAGGAACGAAUGCGGCCUUACCAAAGCAAUCAAGAAGACGAGGAUCCAGACAUCAAGAAGAUUAAAAAGGUUCAGAGCUUCAUGAGAGGAUGGUUGUGUAGAAGGAAAUGGAAGACUAUUGUGCAGGAUUACAUUUGUUCUCCUCACGCUGAAAGUAUGAGGAAGAGAAACCAGAUUGUGUUCACCAUGGUUGAAGCCGAGUCGGAGUACGUUCACCAGCUCUACAUCCUGGUCAAUGGCUUCCUCCGGCCCCUGAGAAUGGCGGCCAGCUCCAAGAAGCCUCCCAUCAGCCAUGAUGAUGUCAGCAGCAUUUUUCUCAACAGUGAAACGAUCAUGUUUCUUCAUGAAAUAUUUCACCAAGGACUGAAGGCAAGGAUAGCAAACUGGCCUACUCUAAUUUUAGCUGAUCUGUUCGAUAUUUUGCUCCCCAUGUUGAACAUUUAUCAAGAAUUUGUGCGUAAUCACCAGUACAGCCUCCAAGUGCUUGCCAAUUGUAAGCAAAACAGAGAUUUUGACAAACUCUUAAAACAGUAUGAAGCCAACCCUGCCUGUGAGGGGAGGAUGCUGGAAACGUUCCUGACCUAUCCAAUGUUUCAGAUCCCCAGGUAUAUCAUCACACUUCAUGAACUCCUAGCUCAUACACCCCAUGAGCAUGUGGAAAGGAAAAGUCUGGAGUUUGCUAAAUCGAAACUAGAGGAACUGUCCAGGAUAAUGCACGAUGAAGUGAGUGACACUGAAAACAUAAGGAAGAACCUUGCCAUAGAAAGAAUGAUCGUAGAGGGCUGUGAUAUUUUGCUGGACACCAGCCAGACUUUCAUCCGCCAAGGUUCUCUUAUUCAAGUACCUUCUGUUGAGAGGGGGAAACUUAGUAAAGUUCGCCUGGGUUCAUUGUCUUUGAAAAAGGAAGGAGAAAGACAGUGCUUCUUAUUUACAAAACACUUUUUAAUUUGUACGAGAAGCUCAGGAGGAAAGCUCCAUCUGCUCAAGACAGGUGGGGUUCUCUCUCUAAUAGAAUGUACGUUGAUUGAGGAGCCCGAUGCGAGUGAUGAUGACUCCAAAGGUUCUGGGCAAGUGUUUGGACACCUGGAUUUUAAAAUAGUAGUGGAGCCUCCUGAUUCUGCCCCUUUCACUGUAGUCUUGUUAGCACCUUCACGCCAGGAGAAAGCUGCCUGGACGAGCGACAUAAGUCAGUGUGUGGACAAUAUACGGUGUAAUGGUUUAAUGACUAUAGUAUUUGAAGAGAAUUCCAAGGUUACUGUGCCACAUAUGAUUAAGUCUGAUGCCCGUCUUCAUAAAGAUGACACCGACAUUUGCUUCAGUAAAACACUGAACUCCUGCAAAGUGCCCCAGAUCCGCUAUGCCAGUGUGGAGCGCCUCUUGGAGCGGCUGACAGACUUGCGGUUUCUCAGUAUCGAUUUCCUCAACACCUUUCUGCACACCUAUCGUAUUUUCACUACGGCAGCUGUGGUGCUGGCCAAACUUUCCGACAUAUACAAGAGGCCUUUUACCUCCAUCCCUGUCAGGUCAUUAGAAUUGUUUUUUGCCACCAGCCAGAACAAUAGAGGUGAACAUUUGGUGGAUGGCAAAUCCCCACGCUUGUGUCGCAAAUUCUCUUCCCCACCACCGCUGGCUGUGUCCAGGACGUCCUCCCCAGUGAGGGCCAGAAAGCUGUCCUUGACUUCUCCGUUGAACUCAAGGAUAGGAGCGUUGGACCUGACUACCUGCUCAGCGUCCAGCAGUCCUACCACCACCCACAGCCCUGCUGCAUCCCCGCCACCGCACACUGGCAAAGUACCGUUGGAUCUCAGCAGAGGCCUUCCUUCUCCAGAACAAAGCCCGGGAUCUAUAGAGGAGCCUGUAGAUAACCCCCGCAUGGAUCUGUGUAACAAGCUAAAACGAAGUAUUCAAAGAGCUGUCCUAGAGUCUGCACCCGUGGACCGAGCAGGAGUGGAAAGCUCUCCGGUGGCGGACAGCACGGACCUUUCACCUUGCCGGUCACCCUCCACUCCUCAGCACCUUCGUUAUCGUCAGCCUGUAGGACAGACGGCUGACAACUCCCACUGCUCUGUUUCGCCGGCGUCUGCUUUUGCCAUUGCCACAGCAGCGGCAGGACACGGAAGUCCACCAGGAUUUAACAACACUGAGAGGACAUGCGACAAAGAGUUUAUUAUUCGGAGAACAGCCACCAAUCGAGUCCUGAAUGUCCUCCGUCACUGGGUCUCAAAGCACGCACAGGAUUUUGAACUCAACAACGAACUAAAGAUGAAUGUCCUCAAUUUGCUAGAAGAAGUUUUGCGAGACCCAGACCUUCUUCCCCAGGAAAGGAAAGCCACGGCGAAUAUCCUGAGGGCCCUUUCACAAGACGAUCAAGAUGACAUCCACCUAAAAUUAGAGGAUAUAAUUCAACUGACAGACUGUCCGAAGGCUGAGUGCUUUGAGACCUUGUCAGCCAUGGAGCUGGCUGAGCAGAUCACCCUCCUGGACCACAUCGUCUUCAGAAGCAUUCCCUACGAAGAAUUUCUUGGGCAGGGGUGGAUGAAGCUGGAUAAAAAUGAAAGAACACCUUACAUUAUGAAAACCAGCCAACACUUCAAUGAUAUGAGUAACCUGGUGGCGUCCCAGAUAAUGAAUUAUGCCGAUGUCAGCUCCCGCACCGUCGCGAUAGAGAAGUGGGUGGCCGUGGCGGACAUUUGCCGAUGCCUGCACAACUACAAUGGCGUCCUGGAGAUCACCUCAGCCUUAAACAGAAGUGCCAUCUACAGGCUGAAGAAAACCUGGGCCAAGGUGUCCAAGCAGACGAAAGCUCUCAUGGACAAGCUUCAGAAGACUGUUUCAUCUGAAGGAAGAUUUAAAAAUCUCAGAGAAACCCUUAAAAACUGUAACCCCCCAGCUGUUCCUUAUCUGGGGAUGUACCUGACGGACCUGGCGUUUAUUGAAGAGGGAACACCAAACUUUACCGAGGAAGGCCUUGUUAAUUUCUCCAAGAUGAGAAUGAUAUCACACAUCAUCAGAGAGAUACGCCAAUUCCAGCAGACUUGCUAUCGAAUAGACCAUCAGCCAAAGGUAAUAUUGUGUGGCGGUUAA